CAGUCAGUUGCUGGCGCUGCAACUAGAGAGCACCUCAGUGAAUGUGUACACAGUCAAUGGUAGCUUGAAUUUUCAGCAGAAGUGUAUUGAACAAGAAAUUGAAAUUGAUGUCAUAUGGUGGAACGCCAAACGGCGGUCGCCGCAGCAAGUGGGACCAGCCGGGGCUAGCCUCAAUGGGGGAACCCGAGGCUGCGCCAACGGGGGCUCUGGAUGCGGCCGCUGCCGUAGCCGCCAAGAUCAAUGCCAUGCUGGUGGCAAAGGGCAAACUCAAGCCCUCUCAGAUCGGCGGUCCUGGGCCCGUGGACAAGGGUGCGCCUGGUAAGCCUCAGCAGCCAAUGAAAGCCAAGGAUGACCUGGUGGUAGCUGAAGUGGAGAUUAAUGACGUGCCUCUCACCUGCCGCAAUCUUCUGACCCGGGGACAGACACAAGACGAGAUCAGUAAAGUGAGUGGUGCUGCAGUGUCAACUAGGGGGCGCUAUAUGACAGUAGAAGAGAAGAACAAGGCAUUACCAAGUGAACGUCCACUUUACCUUCACGUCCAAGGACAAACCAGAGAUAUAGUGGAUCGAGCGGUGAAUAAGAUCAAGGAGAUCAUCACCAACGGUGUGGUGAAAGCAGCCACCAGCUCGAGUGCGGCGGCAGUCACCGUCUACCAGCAGCCCCCUCCCCCAGCGCUGCCCCCUAUGGGCCAGAAACCACACUUCCAGUCCGGGAUGCACUAUGUCCAGGACAAGCUGUUUGUGGGCCUGGAGCAUGCUAUCCAGGGUUUCAAUGUGAAGGAGAAGGUGGAGGGCCCCGGCUGCUCCUUCCUCCAGCACAUUCAGACGGAGACGGGGGCCAAGGUCUUCCUCAGGGGGAAGGGAUCUGGAUGCCUGGAGCCAGCUUCAGGGAGAGAGGCUUUCGAACCCAUGUACAUCUACAUAAGUCACCCCAAACCCGAGGGCCUGGCUGCAGCCAAGACUCUGUGUGAGAACCUCCUACAGACAGUGCAUGCCGAGUACUCUCGCUUCCUCACUCAGAUGACGGCCAUGGUGCCCACUCAAGGCUUCAUCCAGCCGCCCCCAGUCAACGGCCUGCCCCCCCAUCCCCCGUACUGCCCCCCUGCGGGCUACCAGCCUCCAGGCUACCCCAUGCCCAUGCCCCCGCCUCAGCCCAUGCCCCCACCCUAUGUUGUACCCCCACAUAUGCCCCCUGGGACGCCCCCUGCCCCAAUCCCACCGCCCAGCGCUCAGUACCCCAUCAACCCUGCACCGCCCGUCAUGCCUCAGCUCCCUCCGGCUCCAUUCCCCCCAGUGGCUCCAGUUCCGCACAAAGCCCCUCCCCCCUCGUCCUUGGCCAACCCCCCACAGAAGCGGCGCUUCACAGAGGAGGUCCCUGAGGAGCAGGACAGCGGCCUUCUGGGAUACCAGCAUGGACCCAUUCAUAUGACUAAUUUAGGUGCAGGCUUCUCUGUGGGCAGCCCCGAGUCUUCAGGACCCCCGCCUUCUAGUUCCUCUGGGCCUCCCAAAGAGAGGGACUGUAGGCAGCUAAUGCCCCCGCCACCCAUGCCAGUCAACGGAGGACUGCGGCAGCCCAAACUGGAGGAGAGAAGGCCACCGGCCCCCGCCCCCGAACCGUCUGUGAAGCGUCUGAAGACAGGACUGGUGGCUUACACCGGAGACUCGUCUGAUGAAGAGGAGGACCACUCAAUUCUUAAACCGGCCGGGGCAGGUAACUCGGCCAUGACAUCCUCUUCCUCUUCCUCCUCAUCCACCUCCUCCUCCUCCUCCUCCCUCUCCUCAGGAUGGACUCUGGGGGUGUACCGAAACCCCCCUCCCCAACCGGCACGUCCCAAAACACAGGCACCGCAAUCCAUGCCAUUUUGGAUGGCCCCAUAAGACACACACACACACACACACACACACACACACUUGCCCUCCACAAGGACAUCUGUUACUCAGACUCACACACACUCUAAAUCCCGUCCUGUAAAAAAACCCUGACACACACACUCACACGACCCUUCUUGUGUGUGGAGGGCUUGUCUCGUCUAUGAACUGCAGUAAUGAAUUCGUUCUGGGACGAUAAAGACUUUCGGCGGCAGACAUGGAUGCUGUUUCGUGAAUGAGCUGUGUCCUCCCUCAGGGGGUGGGAGGGCAUACAGACUUGGAGGCAGCAAAUAGACCCCAAAUCAACUGGAAGGUGACCUUGGCUUAUCCAAGGACUGUUUUUUUGAGAUGAAGUGCUAGACCACAAUAAACAGUGAAUCAUUGUUUAUAAUUGUA